AUGGCCAACGCAAUCCUCGACUCGACCGCCGCGUCGCAAACGACCUCUGGUAUCUCUUCACCCCAAUUCCAGACAAGGUCGCGCACUCAGAGCGUUUCGAGCGAUCGCCCUUCCACCAUCAUGAGUGUCGGCCUCAUGUCUCCUCCCCUCUCCGUCACACCCGACGCCGCCUUCAUUGCCGCUUCGGCCGCCUCUCAGAUCGUCACCAACGACCACGACAGUCACGCCGAUACCUGGUACGACCAGCAUGGCAUCGAACCCGCCGGCGAGACCGCCAUGGUCUCGACGUCCGCCUUGCACUUGGUGAAUGGCUUCCUCGACCAGCUCCUCUUCAACUUCCUAUCCACGUCGCGCGCAACCACCCUCGCCGCCCUUAGGCCCGCCGUAUCCGAAGUUCUUAAACCAAAACUCGCCAAGGAUGCCAUCAACCAAGCAGACGAGGAGCUGCGGGAGUACCUGGGCGGAGCCGACGAAGAUGAUUUCGCUCAAUCGCAAACGUCAGACACCAAAGAUUGGGACCUGGAACUCGUCUGGAAAAGAACGCGAUUGAGGUGCAUGGUGUACUCGUCGCUUGGCGACAUGGAAGAGGAGGAUGAAGACUACUAUAUGGAGCAAGAAAACCUCAAGCCCGGCAUCGACGAACGCGGCCCCGAGGUUAUCUCCCCAGCGGUCGCCAUUUUCCUGACGUCGAUUCUCGAAUAUAUGGGCGAGCAGGCCCUCGUCAUUGCAGGUCAGGCCGCAUACCACCGGCUACGUGCGAAAUUCGAAAAGGAACCCAAGGAGGGUGCCAAGAGCAUUGCCGAUAUCGCCGAUAGAAUCGUCGUCGAAGAGCUGGACAUGGAACGCGUCGCUCUGGACAGGACUCUGGGCAGACUCUGGCGGGCGUGGAAAAAGAGGCUUCGAUCUCCUACUCUAGACCCCCGCCCGUUUUCGCGCGCCUCGUCAGCCCAACACAAACAGAGCAACGCCGUCGAAAAUUGCGAGAGCCCGCUCCCCGCCAAGGGCCUCGGUAUUGAAGAAGCGCCGCGCGAGGAGCCCGAGGUCGAACAAGUUGAGAAUCGCGUCGAGGCGUCGGCCAUCCCGCUACCGAUUGGAAAACGCGACAUUGACGAAAUCGAAGUGCCGGGCCUUGCCUGCUACAGUGACGAAGAGGAGUCGGAUUUCGACGAGGAGGAGGAGACAGCAGCGCGUCGGCCGAAAAGCCUGAUGAUCUUCACCUCUCAUCCCAGCAAUGACCUGCCCACCCCCACCAUGUCUCAACCUCAUACCCCGACUGCUCCCUCCGGUCGCAAGCGCUCCAGCUCCUUGCCCACCCCUUCCACUUCGCCUUACACAUCGCCUGUGCUAAAACGCGCCAAGAUUGACCUGAUCCAGACCGAGCUCGUUGAUCAACAAGCGGGUUCGGACAAGAAGGAAAUUUCAAACGAGGCAAUCCCCGCGGACUUGCAGUCAGCCACCGACAAGUCGCAAGCCCAGCUUGGUGCAGUCAAGCCGGUGCAGAAGUCGGUCAAGGCAGAGGCUGAGACGGCCCUGGAACCCAAGCCUCGUAAUCCGAACCGAGUCUCGCAAAUCGGCAUCUCUGCCACGGCAGUAGCAGCAGCGACUGUGGCUGGUGUUGCAUCCGCUGCGACAAGGAAUACGCCCGAGUUCAAGCCCGAGCCAGCAGAGGAAGAAAGCGGCGAUAUUGACGAAUUUACCGAGGAACCAGAAAUUUGCACAUCUUCCAGAGUUUCAAUUGCCGGGCGUAGCUCACCGAGCAACUCGGAGUCUGGAAAGCCAGGUGUGGUUGCCCCCAAGCUACUGCAGCGAACUCCCAGUGUCCACUCGGCUCGCGUUGUUGAUGUCCACGGGCCUAAGAGUCCUGUGGCCGGUUCAAGAGCGUCGUCUGUGGAUGCCUCUGAUCGCUCUCGGCCAGUCAGUCUCUCUCGUGCGAGCAGCGUUUCUCGCUCAACACCUCCGAUUAUUGAAGAGAAGCAGAAACCGAAGCCGGUUGAGAUUGAUACCAUCAUUCGCUCAUCCUCCUCGACACCUCGUACCCGGUCACCGGUUGAGAAGUUGUCUCGCAGACAGAACACCAGCGAGUCAAUCUCGGAAGUCGACGAGGAGGAUGAGGCACGACUUACUCGCCAGGAAAGGUCAAGGGCCGCCACUGUCGCCUCGACCCCGACUCUCAAUGCUGGCACUACCGACCCCGGAUCUUCUCAGACAUUGUCCAGAUCCGCCCGCCAGCCCGGCCCCUCUCGUCACGAUCACACACAAUCCGCGGCGACCAAGGUCACUAUUCUGAGCAACACCCACACUACCGGUGCCAUCGCCGAAGAUCGCGUGCCCUCGCCGCACAACCGUUCUCACACCACGGCGACUCCGACUGUGCUUGAGCGCAAUUCAGGCCUGGCAGCACACGGAACCCACUCGCCGGCCGCCAGCAUUGGAGUGGUGGCACUUGAGCGGCCUGCUGCAGGUCACGACUCUCCCGAUCGCACCCGACAGCUUCGAACAUCUGGCUCCUCUGGGUCUUCAAGCACCAACAAGAUCCGAGCCGUCAGAACGUCUGAGGACACCAAGGCCCCCGGUCGCGUCGACAACCUCGCUCGAAACUUUGAGGAACUCAUUCAGAGUGACCAGACCAUACAGUACACGCUUACCCCGGAGAGCAUGCGUGAUCUUGGUGCAAACCGAGCACAGAGCGCGAGUCCCGUGGUUGGGCCCAAAUCCAGGAGAAGUGAAGAUGCCCGUACUAUCAUGAAUGGUGAGCGGAAAAGAUCUGUCUCUGGCCUUGACAUUCGCAGGACGGUGUCUGUCAGCCGCGCAACGGGAUUGAACUCGCAUCCACCAGAGGUCAAGCCCAAGGGUUUUAUCCCGAGAGCACCCCCCAGCACAACUUUGACCAGGUCAAAGACUGGCGGUCCGCAGGCGCGAGACGCCCGCGUGCCUCGAGACACCGCUAUGAAUGAUUUUGCCGACUUCAUCAGAUCUACUGGCCCAACAGCUGACAACGGGCCUGCCCCGCUGCGCAAUGUGAGCGGCCCGGCGCCUCCGGUAAAGAGUAGUCACGACUCGAGACACGUAUCGUCAACAAAUCGACCCCGUCUUCAGGCGCGGGACGCCGCUGUAGAUAACCGCGAGGACAAUUCUGACCUGAUUGACUUCAUACGUCGCGGACCGCCAAAUGCGAACAAUCCUCGGAUUCCUCGCACAGUUGCCCCUUUCCGAACUACCAUGGAUUCCGACCAAAUGUCUGGCGCCGUCGGUGGCAAGGCAAUUGAUGCCAGCUUGCCUGAUAUUCGAUACAGCCAAGCUUCGACCAACAUUACGGACAUCACCCAGCCUUCCGUUCAAUCGUCGAUUAACUCGCAGAGUGCUCUCUUACAAAACCGCUCCAACAGUAAUGCUUUUGACGACGACGAAGACAUGAUGCCUAAGCGCACCAGACGUCGCGUGCGUGACCCGUAUGCCAUCGAUCUGAGCGAUGAAGACGAAGAGGACUAUGCGCAAGCGGUUCGACCUCCUCCCAAGAAGGAGGAGAGUUUGGCGGAUUUUUUGAAGAACUACUCGCCACCUCCCGAGCCGGCCUCCGUUUCGCAGAACACGCCCAAAAGGAAGGCGAGCGCUCCCAGUCUCAUUGGACGUUUUUCCAGGAAAGACAGUAAUGCCGGGUCCAACAUCGCAAAGCCGGACAAUCGGUCUUCGGGCAGCCGUACUGGAGGCCACGGCCACGUUCCUAUCCAGGUCAACACCUCUUCGGGUCAAGACAAGUACGCUGGCGGUGGUGACGCUAGUGCAAACCGUUCAGCUAUGCAUUCCUCGGCCGGCCGCGUGCCCAUGAAGAGGUUUGAGCCAAGGGAAGCUGUUUCGUCUACGACCCGAACCAACGACCUCGCAACAUUCCUUCGCAGCUCCGAGCCGCCGCAAAUGACGCCUGCGGCGCGCUCCAACACGUCUGUCGAGCCGCAGCAGCAGAGCAGUAGCAGCAGUAGUGGUUUCUCCAAAAUGUUUGGCCGCCGCAAGAAGUCGAGCUUGGCUUAG